AUGGGGAAGUCCUCAAAAGACAAACGUGAUGCAUACUACCGUCUAGCCAAAGAGCAGAACUGGCGAGCACGCUCAGCAUUCAAGCUCAUUCAACUCGAUGAACAGUUCGAUCUGUUUUCUUACAAGGAGCCUGAGAAGUGCAGUAGAGUCGUUGAUCUAUGUGCUGCACCAGGGUCAUGGAGCCAGGUGCUUUCGAGGGUAUUGAUCAAAGGUGAGAGUUUCGGACGAAGAGCAUGGAUGGAGAAAAUGGAUGCCCUCGUCAACGAGGUCAAUUUGGCCAGUCAAGAGGCAUCGGAAGCUAGCAUCGAAACAGAAGUUAGGUCCCUACACCUGAAAGCACAGAAACCCGUAUUACAGCCUCGAACAAACGUCAAGAUUGUGGCAAUUGAUCUACAACCAAUGGCACCAUUGGAGGGUAUCAUACAACUUCAAGCAGAUAUUACGCAUCCAUCGACCGUAGGAAGAAUGUUGGCUGCAUUGAAUCCUGAGAAGUCCGAGACAGAGUACGAGUUGGUGGACUUGGUAAUUUCAGAUGGUGCUCCGGACGUUACAGGUUUGCACGACCUCGACAUCCACAUUCAAUCACAACUCCUAUACAGUGCGCUGACUUUGGCUAUCCGUGUUCUACGUCCGGGAGGUAAGUUCGUGGCGAAAAUUUUCCGUGGUCGGGACGUUGACCUGAUAUUUGCGCAAUUUAAACUGCUUUUCAGACGUGUUCAUAUUGCUAAACCAAGAUCAAGUCGUGCCAGCAGCAUCGAAGCCUUUGUGGUCUGCGAAGAUUACACACCGAUCCCAGGUUGGACGCCAGAUCUGGGCAGACCAGUCGAUAUACCUGAUACAGCGAAAACUUCUAUAGAGGACGACCUCGAGAAUAUUCCAGAACAGAAGCGUAUUGUCAGGACCGAUGGUGUGGUCGAGCUUUCUUUUCCACGCAAGGAGGCCACUGAACUUCGUCACAACAACAGGUGGAUUGCACCAUUUCUCGCUUGCGGUGACCUUGAUGCUUUUGAUGCAGACGCGACGUAUCGUCUUCCUCCGGGUCAUGUAAGCUUAGAGCCUGUUCAGCCCCCAACUGCGCCACCAUACAAGGCAGCCAUCGAGCGAAAACGUGCAGAGGGCGGGAUGUACGGCAAGACAAAGAACAAGGGCCAGAUAUCAAACACCACAUGA